AUGAGCAACGCGAAGAGCCGGUACGCUGAGCAGCAAGCUCAGAUCUAUCAUAUGAUUAUCCAUGAAUCGAUUGUGAUGACCUUGUCGAUUCUGGGCAACAUUUUUUUGCUUUUCGUUAUCAUUCGUGGCAACAAGGUGGCAAAAAGAAGAAUUUCUCCUGUUCAGCUUCUAUUGAUUCAUACAUGUGUUGCUGAUCUUCUCUUUGCUACUUUGGCAUUGGGUACGGAGAUCAUAACAUUGUUGACAUAUCCGGAGUUUCUCGGUUCCGACUUCGUUUGCAAGCUGAUGAGAUAUGUGCAAAUGUUUCCUAUGUAUGCAAGCCCAUUCCUACUUGUCGCCAUUAGUGCGGAUAGAUACCAAGCAAUUUGUCGACCACUUGCACAUUUCCGAUCCUCCAGAUAUCGCCGUCCUAAUUGGCUCGCGGCAAUAGCUUGGACUUUGGCGCUCAUCUUUUCCGUUCCCCAAUUCUUCGUAUGGGGAAAACAGCGGGACGGAAUGUGUCGAACAGUUUAUGGAAGCGAAAAAAGUGUCCUCAAAUAUGUUUACAUUAUUGGUUUUAACACGUUCGCAUGGCUUCUUCCUUCCAUUUUUGCAGCUGGAUUUUAUUAUUGUGUCUGCAAAGCGGUUCGAAUGUCGUCGGCAAAUUUGACGGUUGAAAAACAGCGAAACUCGACGGUGGGAGAAGAAGUGAAAAGCGGCACCACCGAAGACUACAUUGAAGAGCUGCAUAAAAAGUCGACAGGAUUCAGGCGCCAAACAUCGGAAUUUGACAGGAAACGUGUGCAAACCGUUCGCCUCACAAUUACCAUAGUUGCCUGCAAUUUCUUCCUCUGGAUGCCCUUUUGUCUCGCAAAUAUUAUUCAAGCACUAUGGCCGUCGCUAUUGAGUCAGAACCAAACACUUCUUACUUACGCAGUCAUUCUGGGAAAUUUGAAUUCCUGCCUUAAUCCAUGGAUUUACAUUCUUUUCAAUAGAUCAAACGUAGUGAAGGCUAUUUGCGGACAGAAAAAACAAUAUUUGGACACCUCACGAAAAGUGAGCUUUAACCGCACCGAAUUUUCUACUUCUGUCAAUCCGUAUGCUGUCACAAGAUCUGCGCGCCUAUCGCGCUUAUCAACUCCAAAUGGAAUCGCUACAUUGUCUCCGAAAUCUGCUAUCCGUCGAAAUGUUUCUUUCAACACUAACCUGAAAUACAAACCAAAGACCACCCAACAAGUCCUUCUCGCCAGAAACAACAGUGAUGCUGGAAUUCCUCUUGUCGUUCAGGGUAAAAGCAUUAGCACCGUUCUCAAUGGCAACGGGUAUCAGCAGAGUGAAGAGACCGAGUUCAGAUCAUUGAAUUAA